AUGGCAGAUAAGGUUGAAGAAGAGCAAGCACCUCCUAAGAUUUAUACAUAUAUUGAUUUAUUAAAGUUUGAAAAUCCUGAAAUAUAUAGCAGUUUUGGUAAAAUGAGAUUAUCUCAUAAAACAACUGCUCCAAAAUAUGGCUUUGGUACAGCUGAUAGAAAUAAAUAAGCUAAAGUAUUUUAAAAUAAGGAAUUAGCAAAAACUAAUUUUGCAGGUAAAAGCUCUCCUGGUCCUGCAUACGAUGUUAGAGAUACAGAUUACUUUACUUACUAAAAAGCACCCAAAUGGAAAAUUGGUUCUGAAGUGAGAAAUACUUUAAAUACUGGAUCAAAGCAUGACUUCUAUUUAAGAAAGGAUGUAGAUUUUGAUCCUUUAGAAGCUGAUAUUUUUAGAAGACCUAAAGCUCCAACAGUAAGAAUUGGGUUAGAAUUAAGAUUCCCUAAUGAUCCUAAGAGACACAAAGGUACUCCUGGUCCUUAAUAUAAUCCUACAUUAAGACAUGAAAUUCCUAACCCUCCUAAAUUUUCAUUUGGUUUUAGAAGAGAAAUAUAAGGCUUUUCGCCUUUGGUUGCAAAUAGUUCAACUCCUCAACUUGUUGGACCUGGUAGUUACAUUUAGAAAAAUGUACCUAAUACAUCUAAAAUCAGAAAUGAGCCAAAAUGGUCAUUCCCUAAUGCUGAAAGAUUUUCUGGCUUUUAAGCUGACUUAUCUAAUGCACACUAUACAAAACCACGUGCAAUAGGUACACAAUAUGAUUCAAGAAAGUAAACUCUUCCUAUGUUUAGCUUUGGAAAAUCGACAAGAGAAUCCAAGAGAGGUACUUUUAAGGAUAUGAUGUCAACUCAAGAAGUUAGAAUUAGAAUAUCAAUGCCUAAAUUCUGA